CCCCCGCCCCAACCUCCAGUCGUUAAAUAGAGUCCGACCGGCGUGGCACGGGCUUUCUCCUCCAGCCACGAACGCCGUCUCCGCCACGAUGCCGCCGACGCUGCUGCUGCUGCUGCUUCCACUGACCCUGCUCAGCACGGGCCGCCUCUGUCAAGCACAGAACCCGCGGCUGGUGAUCGACGUUGAGCCUUCGUCCGCGGUGGAGCACACCGUGGUCACCCUCUCCUGCCUGUUGCUCUACGUGGAGGACGACAACGCGACCUUCUCGUGGCACACGCCGGACGGGGUCAACGUCUCGCACUUCGUGUUCUCCGAGGACAACCGCAGCCUCAAGAUCCCGAGCGUGUCCCGGGUGCACGAUGGCACGUACGCGUGCCAGGCCCAGCUGCUCUCCGGCCAAGAGCUGCGGAAGGAAAAGCGACUGGACGUGCACUAUGGACCCGAGUCGCUGAAGCUGUCCGUGCGCCACAAGAUCGCCAUCCACACGGACGGGAGCGCCACGCCGUUCGCCGUCAGGUCCGGCGAGUCGGCGAACCUCUUCUGCGACGGCAACUCCAACCCGCCCAUGGAAAUCAAGUGGAAGAAAGACUCCGUCGAGCUGGAGACCUACACCAAAAACCUCAUGCUGAGCAGCAUCCAGCUGGAGCACACGGGCGUGUACACCUGCGAGGGUUACAACGAGGUCACCGGGGUCAAGAUGGAGGCGUCCAUCAGGUUCUUCUUGCAGGAGCCCGUGAGCAAGCCGUGGGUGGACAUCGACAAGACUAAGAUCCUGGAGCGGAGCGGCUCAGUGAGGAUGAAGUGUAACCACAAGCCCAUUAAGGAGUGCUGGUACGUGUGGCUCUGGAAAGGCUGGCCCGUGCCAGUGGACAGUGACAGGCGAUACACGCUGUCCAGUGUCGGGGACGCCCUGGAGCUCGAUUCCGUGUGGAUGGGCGACGCCGGGGAGUUCCAGUGCCUGGUGCAGAACAACGUGAGCGUGGAGACGAGCGACGCCGUGCACCUGCAGGUGACCGGCGAAGAUUCGGAGACCAUGAAUCAAGUGAAGGUGGUUGUCAUCGGCUUGGGAAGCCUGUUCAGCCUUGUCGGUGUAAGCCUUCUUGUUUGCUUCCUUAAACAUAAAGUGUAACUCUUCAUCAUCACCAUCACCCGUAUCAUGUUCACAACCCGUCAUUAAAUCCAUCCCUCCCAUCUUUUGAAAAGCAUCGUCCUUCAUGAUCACCGCCAUUAACACAUUCCUGUGGAGGGAGCUGGUAAGAACGUUGGGUUGCUCGGUCAAUGGCCAGGGUCAACGGCGGUGUGGUGUAUUCCGCAAAUAUGCCCGACU